AUGUAUCACACCUACUUAUUCAUUUUCAUUAUUGGUGUACUAUUAAUACAUCCAGAAUUUGCCACACUACAUUGUUCACAUCAAAUUAACGAAGCUGUUCAAAAAUGCGUACAACCGAUUGCCGAGUAUGCUAAGGUUCUUAAUCAAGAGGAUGAGCAAAAUUCAUCGAAUGUUGCAAAAAAUGAUUUUGGUCGAGCAAUUGCAUUACCAAAAAUUGGGCGAUAUGUAUUUCGCGAACUUUUGCAGGAUGAGCAAAAUUCAUCGAAUGUUGCAAAAAAUGAUUUUGGUCGAGCAAUUGCAUUACCAAAAAUUGGGCGAUAUGUAUUUCGCGAACUUUGCAGGUUAGUAAAAAAUUUUAAUGGAUGCGUUCAUAAAUUGCGUCAACAAUGUCCAGAACAUGUUACAGUAAGCCUCAUUGAUGCUUCAUAUGGUUUUUUGUGCAACGAAGGAUAUGAAACAUUCAUGGGUAGCGCUGAAUGUUUAGUUGAAUUAGAUCGACAACCAACGGUAAAACAAUGCCAUGAAAUUACUUUAAAACAUAUUGAAGAAGCUAAUGAUCAACAUAGUACCAUAUCAUUAACUCGUUUUGAUAAAAUGUGCCAAGCACUCAAUUAUUUUGCGGGUUGUGUUGAACAACCGAUAGCAUAUGGUUGUGGUGCUGAAGCAUGGACAAUGAUAUUUCGUGUCCUCAGGGAUACAACUAAUACCCUUUUACCAAGAUGUCAAUUUACUGGACAUUCCAGUUUAACAGAGCAUUUUCCGCUUUCUCAAACAAAAAUAUUACCAUUUACAACAACUAUUCCAACUUCCAUAAAUGUUAAAAAUGAUUUAUUACAACAUCGGGAAAUGUUAAAUAAUAAGGCAGAAAUUAUUUGGUCCAAUCAAGAUAUAACAACGAAUUCAAUAUCUGAAAUGAAUAAUGAUGAUAACAAGAAGUUUAUCCAACAAUUACCGUCCAUGUAUGAUGUUGAUUCAAGAAGAAGUACAUUAAACAGUCAAGGUGAAAGGUCAAGAAGUGAAAUUAAUGGACAUGUUUUUAUUGAUAAGGAUACAGAUAUUAGUUAUUAUGAUAAUGCUGAUGAUAAUCCUAAUGAAAUUGCUAGCAGUAGUAGUUUUUUAGCAGUUAAUUCAGCUAAUCGAAUAAUUAUGCUUGCACAAUAUGUAUUACUUGGUUGGUUUAUUUUAAAAAUUUUUUAG